ACUCAACCACGCCGCUGGUGAAUUUGGGUUUCCGGUUCUGAUCGUUUCCAGUCAAAGCAAAAGGCUUCAUGGCAAUACUGUAAAUAUUUACAAACUGAGAGUGGCCUCCGGUUUGUUUUUCGGUUGCUGUUACCCUCCGAUUAACCGAAAAUCAGUGGAGGAAGCACACUGCGUGAGUGAGUGGAUCAUGCCGAGUGGAGCAGUGUUGUGUUAGUUGAGUCAAAAUGGCGUCUGCUGCUUGCCCACUCAACAAUCGUUUAAUCCAUUUGUGAUUACACUAGUGUCAUAACAACAUCCAGACAACCGGCGACGGUGUUUUUAUUCUUCUAGUGUUUUCCUUUUUUGUUUUGCACGUUGAUAAAGUCGGAGCACAUUUCAGCGUCAUGUCGGACUCCGAGGAGGACAGCCAGGACAGGCAGCUUAAAAUUGUAGUGGUUGGAGACGGUGCUUGUGGGAAGACAUCACUCGCCACCAGGUUUGCACAGGAGGCUUUUGGGAAGCAGUACAAACAAACCAUCGGCCUGGAUUUCUUUCUGAAAAGAAUAAGCCUUCCAGGAAACUUAAACGUGACCCUGCAGGUGUGGGACAUCGGAGGCCAAACGAUAGGAGGAAAAAUGCUGGAUAAAUAUGUAUACGGAGCUCAUGGGGUUCUCCUGGUUUACGAUAUCACCAACUACCAGAGCUUUGAGAAUCUGGAGGAUUGGUUCAGCUUGGUGAAGAAGGCCAACGAGGAAAAUGACAUCCAGCCGGUGGUCUCCCUGAUUGGGAACAAAGUCGACCUGGAGCACAUGAGGACCGUGAAGGCUGACAAACACCAGCGUUUCUGCCAAGAGAACAGCCUCAUCAGUCAGUUCGUAUCCGCCAAGACAGGGGAUUCAGUGUUCCUUUGUUUCCAGAGAGUGGCUGCUGAGAUUCUUGGUGUAAAGCUAAACAAAGCAGAAAUUGAGCAGUCCCAGCGCGUGGUGAAGGCGGACAUCGUGAACUACAGUCAGGACACCGUUGCCAGGACAGUCAACCCCCCCCGCAGCUCCAUGUGUGUGUUGCAGUGACGCCUCCAGCAGUCACACACACAAAGUCACACUUAAAAUUUGCCUUCAGUCAGUAUUCCUCUGAAAUGUGUUCAGAGUGUGUUCUCUGUUUUCCUGUGUGUCAGUUGUACGGGUGAGAAAAAGAACAGACUGUGUGGUUUUCAAGACCUUGGCCUCCAGUUCGGAUAUUUAGCAGGAACGAUUUCUUGGGUGGUUCACCAAAAAGGAAACGGGACCUCUUUUUUUCAAGUUUAUGCGCAGCUAUGAUUUAAUUUCUAUGAUUCACCUUAAAUAAAUAUAAAAAUAAGACUUGAUUAUGUGUUAGUAUGAAGCCUGUAGAACCCAGGUGUCAAGCUGAGCUGAAACGUACCACAUCUCAUUAGAAGUCUCUGCAUAGCCUUAUUCAGCUGUCCGUUAUAGAACAGAAGUUUGCAUUUAAAAUGGUUAUUAUGACGCAUGAAAAGCUUCAUAGGAUCUCCAUUUUGACCACAUUUCAUUAGCCUGUUAGGCAGUAUGUGUAUUGUUGUAGACAGUUGGGAAAUUGUGCGUUUGACAAGUGAAAGUAGUUUCUACAUGCUAGUACAUGUUGGCAUGAUUUAAUGUGUUGUCCACCUACAGAAAUAUCCGCCAUAUGUGUCAAAUAUGUAUUUGUACAAGUAAAGCUGCUUUCAUUGAUGAGACGUGAUCAUCCUGUAAAUUCUCAUCAUGUAAACAAAAUGUACGCUUUAAAAAAAAAAUUAAGAAUGUACAGUUUUAAGUAAAUGUUUAGUUUACCUUAAACAGUGACACAGUUGUGUUUCUAAAUAAAAAUGCUACAUGGAAAACAAGAA